AUGCCGAGCGUUUCCAAACGAAAUGAUCUUUCAGCAGCUUCAACACGUUCGUCGAGAACUGCACAGCAGAGAUUUCCCGGCGCCAGAGGCAACACGAAAGGUAGCAGUUCAGGUCACGAAAAGAAUCAGGUAGACGACACAGCCAAGAGUGACGUACCUUCGAAUCACCUCAGCGAAGUCGAUAGGGAAUGGUUCAACAUUCGAAUUCGGGAUCUCGAGGAGAAAUUAGCAAGAGCUCUCGAUGAACGGCAAAAGUUUGAGAAGGAAACUGUAGCGGCCACAGAUGUUCUCGAUAAAUUACGUUCGGACAAUGAGGACAUCAUCCAAUAUUUGCAUCGUAAGUUGCAAGCUCGAGACGACCAAUGUACCGAACUUAAGGAGAGACUUAAAGGAUUACAAAUGGCCCGCGAGAAAGAAAGCGAAGAUUAUGAACGUCAGUUAGAAGUUUCCAAUCGAACGUACGGCAACAUGGAACAGCGACUGACUAGUGAAAUCAAAUUAUUACAGGGGAAACUGACGUCUCUAGAAGAAUUUCGAAUUCAGAAAGAUCUCUUUGAAAAUCAAAUCAAAGAGGCACACGACAACCUGAAAAAGAAAGAUGAAGAAUUACCCGUUCACUUGGAACGUAUGGAACGGCAGACAGUGUUGCGGAUCGAAACGAUGAAAGAGGAGCAUGCGAAGGCCAUCAAAGAAAUUGCCAAGGACAUGGAGAAGAAAGCCAUGACGAAACUAACGGAAACAUCACGUAGAGCACUGGAAGAGAACACUAUGCUAUUGCGUCAAGUGGCUGUUUUAGGAAGCAAAGUAGUAACGAUCGAAUCACAACUGGCAACGGCUAGAUAUCAAAAUCAAGGGCUGAAAGCGUUGCUUAGCCGGACAGAAAGCAAACACGAAGAGGCAGCUAAACAGUUGGCAGCUGAGAAAAGUAAGCGAAAGACGCAGGUGAAUAUUGAAGGGCUGGCUCAAAGGAAAAUCGUCCAAUGCGAAGAAUUAGAGAAAAAGGUGAACGAACUUUGCGCCGAGAAUGAAGAUUUACAGAGACGAUUGAGCCAACUGGAAGAAGAGCGUUCCAGACAGAAGGAAACGAUAACCGAGUUGAGCCACGCCAGCGAAAAGGCUCGAGAUUGGCUCUCCAAAAACAAGAAGAAAUGUGACAUUCUUUCGCAAGGCAUCCAAUCGGCAAAACGAAUUAUGGCCGCAGUUUUGGAGGCCGACAAAGAUGAUUUAACAGCAGCAAUGAACCAAGUAAUUGACUUUAUUAACGAGGAUUUCGGUUCUUAAUGGUUUGAAUAUUGGUACGUACUUGCUGUGCAUUAGUUUUGCAUAUCAUUAUUGGCGGUCAGAUU